AUGGAUGCCAUAGUCAUAGCGAACUACCUGGAAGACCUUGGACCACUGCAGAGUUCGCACUGGGUUUCAACCCUGCCAACUGCCUGUGAGGUCGCCCUCGAGGGCCGUGGGCCUCCAGAUCUUGAAGACCAGGUCAUCGCUACUAUUGCCUGGCAAGAAGCCCAGAUGCAACGAGUGGGCGGGCUCUUGAAACAUAUGGCUACACAGAGAUUCAUCACGGAUAUCGCCGACACGGAAACAGCCGCUCGAGCACUAGUGGAUCGCCGGGGAAACCUCGUGUAG